AUAAGAAAAAAAAAGUAAAAUUGAGCUGUAAAAAUAAAUAUUUAUAAUAGCUGAAGAACAUAGAUAUUAAUGAUAGCUAAUGGAUUCAAAGGCUACUUAUAUGGCUUUGUUGUUACUGAUCUUUAAAAAUAUAUUUUUUUGCUCUCCUUACAGAUUGCUACCCCAAAAUGGAUUAUAAUAAUCAAACAGCAGUGACCAAAUUUCUUUUUGUGGGUUUAACAGAUAAUUUUUCACAGGAGAUGAUUCUCUCCUUGUUAUUUCUCUUAGUGUAUCUUGUCACACUGAGGAUGAACUUGGAAAUGGUGGUCCUUAUCUGGACAGAUUCCUAACUCCACACCCCCAUGUACUUUUUUCUAAGUCAAUUGUCCCUUAUGGCUGUCUGGUCCUCUUCUUCCAUUGCUCCAAAGAUGUUGUGUGACAUUUUUCUGGAGAGAAAAGUCAUCUCCUUCAUGGGUUGUGCUAACAGAUGUGGCUUUUGGUCAGUUUGUAGUUUCUUCCUGGCAGCCAUGGCACACGAUUGGUGCACAGCCAUCUAACCUUUGUUGUACACAGUCAUCAUGUCCCAGAGGUUCUGUGUGCAGCUGCUGGUGGGACCUCAUGCCACAGGCAUUCUAGAUGCUGUUAUUCCAGAGACCUGCACUUUUUGCUUACCCUUCUGUGGUCCAAAUGUGGUCAACCACUUUUUCUGUGACAUUCUGCCUAUUCUUUCCCUGGCAUGCGCCAACACCUGGAACAAUAGGCUGGCUCUUUUCAUCAUGGCGGGAGCUAUUGGGGUGUGCAGUGGCCUGAUCAUCACUGUCUCCUGUGUUUUUAUCCUGGUGGCCAUCCUGAAGAUCCAGACUGCUGAUGGGAGGUGGAAAACUUUCCCCACUUGUUCUCACCUGGCUGCCAUCUGCAUUCUGCAUGGGACUCUUUUCUUUAGCUAUGUUCUGCCUGACUUAGGACCCUCCAUAGAUAGCAAUAAAGUGAUUUCUCUAUUUUAUACAGGGGUCAUCCCCAUGCUGAACCCCCUCAUUCACAGUCUGAGGAACAAGGAGGUGAACAAUGCAUUUCAGGAGCAAAUUUGAAAGAAAAAUGCAAUAAUGUGAUUCAGUAUCAUGUGGUAAAUUGGAGAACAGAAAAUUCCUUUCUGCCUGUUACCAGGUCACUUGUGUACUGAAAGUACUGUUUAUAUUGUUUUUGCAUCAGUCUUCUCCUUUGUGAAAUGAUGGAGAAUACAAAGGAAGAUGUUAUUUAUGCCAGAAGGAAACCCAGGAGAACUUUUAUAUAUUCUUAUGUGUGGGAAGGUAUUUUAUUCCAGAACAGAAAUGCAAAUGUUAUAUGUGAAAGAUCAACAGAGGUCAUUAAUAAAGGUUUUGUAGUCCUUGUUAAAAGUUGAACAAUAGAAAAUGAAAGAACAA